AUGGGACACGCUGGCAAAGGCAAGAAGGGCAAGAGCAAAGACAAGGGCAAGAGCAAGGGCGACAAGGGCAACAAGGGCCACUCCAGCGACAAGGGCAAAGGCAAGAGCGACUCCAGCGACAAGGGCAAAGGCAAGAGCGACUCCAGCGACAAGGGCAAAGGCAAGAGCGACUUCAGCGACAAGGGCCAAGGCAAGAAAGGCGAGUGGGACUACAGCGGCAGCCGUGCCGGCCAGGGGCCACAUGCUCCAGAGAAGCGCAAGUUCCGGGGCAGUCGCAACACCCCGUCGAAAUGGCGGAGGGUGGGGCGACAUCAAGGCGAGGCGGAGGCGGAUGAGAAGGUGGAUAACUUGCUGGUGUUGACGAAGCAGAUGCGAGCUCGCAUCAACCAGCUCGCGGAGGACUUGAUGGUUGCCCUCUCUCAAGGUCUCCUCGGGCGACAGGAGUGCGACACCUUGCGGAAGCAGCUCGCAGAUGCAGAAGAGUGCUUGCAGGAGACGACUGCAGCCAUGCAGAAGCGCGAGAAGGAGCUGCAGGGCAAGGUGGCUCAGGUGGAGGGAGAUGCCCAGAGGAUGGCCAUGGAGAUGAAGGGCAAGGUCGCUCAGGUGGAGGGAGAGGCCCAGAGGAUGGUCAUGGAGAUGCAGGCUGGGCUGGACCAGCGGACGCACAUCUGGAGUGCUCAUGCUGCGAAUCUGUCCGGGCAGCUGCAGAUCGCGACGACAGACCUGGACACUGUGGAGACAAAGCUGAAGACGGUCAUGGCAUCCCGCGACAAGGACGUGCUUGAGGCUCAGGCCGAGACUCUGGAGCACAAGGGCAGGGAGAUGGCCUUGGAGUUGGAGCUGGAGCGGGCCCAGAAGAAGGUCAAGGGUCUGGAGAGGGAGAACCGGGCCUUGGCCAAGGCCCGUGCUGGAUCGGGAGCGGCAGGCAGCUCUCAGGACAUCUGCCAGGGAUUGUUCAGGGGUUCAGGGUUGGUUGAAUAA